AUAAUAAAACCAAAGAAAAAAAGUAGUUUUAUGUGAAAAAAACAAGCGACAGUUUUGUCAGAUUAGGGUUCUUACAUCUUAUUUUAGUCAAAGUAUUAGAAAUUCAAAGAUUUGUUGUGAUUUCAGAUAAAAAUUAUUCCUUCAAAACAAUUUGUUUAUGGAUUUAGUACCAAACUCAUCAUUACACAGAGUUUGAACUCAAAUGGAGGGUGUAGUUCAGCUGGAAUUUGGAGAUGAUGAAGAUGAGUUUAGAAGUUGUUGUGGAGAUGAGGAUGAGUUGGAAGAAAUUGUGAAGAAUGGUGAUGACGAACUUGAUGAGUUUUCGGUUCGAAUGUUGUUCAAGGGUGUGUCGGUUUCGGACCCGGGGAAUGGAGGUUUUGGGGUGUCUGGAAUUGGGGUGAUCAUGGAAGGACCUAAUGAGGUUCCUAUGAUUCGGGUUCAGAAAAAGCUUGAAUUUUUUGUUGAAGAAGAUGUAGCUGAUUAUCUAGCUUUGAUGGAUGGUUUAGUUGAAGCAAUUCGACGUAACGUCAAAAGGGUAUAUGCUUUUACCGAUUCCCAAAUCUUAUUUGAUCAGAUUACAAAUGAGGAAGUGCCUGAGAAUCCACUUCUCAUGGCAUUGAAACGAAGAAUACUAGAACAUGUUAAAAAUCUUGAACAUUUUGUUCUAAAAUGUGUUCCUGAUGUCAAUCUCGAGCCUCCAUUGCACCUGGCGCGAGUGGCAAUUGGGGUCGUCGUUCAUGAUGCCAAGGGCGAUCCAACUGUUGAAAAUUGUUUAAUAUGUUGUGAAGAUAAACCAUCGUUCAUGACGGUCACACUGAAAUGCUCACACAAAUGCUGUUCCCAUUGCUUGAAGGCUUAUGUCGAUGAAAAAGUUGGGCUAUCUGAGGUUCCCAUUAGGUGCCCGAGCCCAAAAUGCAGAUAUUACAUUUCUGCCCCUGAACAUAAGUCUUUUCUUCCUGUUGGCUCUUUUAUGUCGUUAGAGGAAGCUCUUUUGGAACCAAAGGCGUGUGCGGCUGACAAGUUUUACUGUCCUUUUGCUGACUGUGCGGUUCUUCUUGAUCCUAGUUCUGACGCAGACUCGACAGAUAAUCGUGUUAAGUGUCCUGUUUGUAGUAGAUUUAUAUGCGUGAAAUGUGGGGUCCGUUGGCAUGCUUCAGUUAGUUGUGAUGAGUUUCAGGAGGUCUCAGCAGAGGAGAUGGAUGUCGUUGACGGUGAUGCUGCUUUUGACUGUCUUGUUGAGAAUAGACGAUGGAAACGUUGCCAGAUGUGUGAGAGGAUGAUUGAGUUGACCCAUGGUUGCUAUGAUUUGACUUGCUGGUGUGGACACGAGUUCUGCUAUUCUUGCGGUGCUGAAUAUGUAAACGGUCAACAAACAUGCGAAUGUGCAUCGUGGGGUGACGAAGAACAAGAAGAAGAAAAUGACCAACUUACCCUUACCUCUACCACUCCUUCCGACCCUGGCCAACAGUUUGAGGAAUGGGCAUGGGAGUCUUUUGGUUCGCUUUCAAACAUGAUGGAUGCUUACUCUGACCAAGAAAGAUCACAACUCGCAUUGAUUCAAAGAUUUCUUGCCGGUGGGUUUAGCCUCAGUGACCACCAUACGAACCCAUGUGAAUCCUCCUCAUCAUCAUCAUCCUCGUGUGCAGACGAGGACACCUCGUACAUUGAUAACACAAUUAAGGAUCUCCACCAGCUUCCUUGGCUUGAGCGGUUUGUUUCUGUUAUAAGUGAUAAUUACUACGAUGAAUGCAGUCAAUGAAGCCGUUUUCGCGCAUUUUACUAUUGAAAGAAGUCAAAGUGUGAUUGGAGAUGCUUUAGCUUCUUAUUUUGCUAUCUUUAGGUCCAUAUUUGUGAUGUAAAUUUCCUUGUCUGAUGUUUGUUGAAAUAAAAAAAAGAGGACAGGGACAAUGAAAUUAUGAAUUGUUGGAUCUUCAAAAUGUGUUGGUGAAAUUGAGAAAAUGAUUAUUGCAUUGUUGAAAAAUUAAAAGGUAUGUUGA